AUGGACUUCAAUUUUGACCGCCUCCAGCCCUGUGAAGACCCCUUCUACGGCAUCGUGCCCAGUAAAGGAUCCUAUCCUAUCGGCCGAGUUGUUUUGCUAGUCACCUUUAGCACGCCCGACAACUACUGUACAGAGCACCUCACCUUCAAGGUGGACAACUUCAAAACUUCCUACCAUGCCAUCUUUGGCAGACCCAUACUCCCGAGGUUCAGGGCGAUUCCGCAUCACACCUACCUUGUCCUCAAGAUGCCGGCUCCAAACGGUGUCCUCUCCAACUACGGUGAUGUUGAGACGUCAUACAAGUGUGACACGGAGGUGGUACAGCUCGCUGAAGUCCUGGAGUACUCAGCCAAGGCCACCGCCAUGCUCGCUGAGGCUCAGAAGGUGGACCAAAACCAGCUCAUGAUCCCAGAGACGGAGCCGAUGCCCAUAGCACUGCAUCCCAAUCCGAAGGUUAAGAAGAUCUGCCUCGGCCUGGAAGACCCCUCCAAGAUGACCCUCAUAGGGUCCAACCUCUAUUCCAAAUAG